AUGCUUCCAGGGGUUGAAUGUGCUAGAAAGAGACGGUUGCAUCAAAGUAGAGAAGGAUGUGAUCCCACAACAACACGUUCAUUCUGUUUAUAUACACGAAACCUUCAAUCUAGUACUUCUUUCCCACCAAUACCCUCUUCACUGGAAAGAAGCAUGUUAAAGAAGAAACAGUCGUUGAUUGAUGAGAAACUGGGAGGAUCGGCAAGAGAAGCUAAACGGAGAUUAGAUGAGAAGCUUACAGCAUGUAUGAAGUCAGAUGAAAAUCAACACCAGAAAAGGAAAAGUAUUUUUGCUGGUUUAUUGAGGCAAUUCAAAUCUUAA